AUGACUGAAGAAAAAAAUGCUUUUGAUCAAUGGCUAAGCCAAUGGCCACGCUUCUCACCAUAUGUACACGUUAAUAUUAGAACAGAUGACGGUGAUAGAGCUGAGAAACGUGAAGUUUUAUUUCAAUUACUUGGAAAUUUAACACAUUUUUAUCAUUACAUAUUAAUUCCAUCACAUCCACAAAUGCCAGUGAUACCAUCCAUGUCUCAACAGAAGCCUGGUAUCACUUCUUUCCUUGCUCGUCAACAUUUUUACAUUCAAUGGAAAGUAUUUCGACUUCAGUCAAAGCAUUUAACACGAUCCAUACAAUUUCUCGAUGAAUUAUUAACGAAAUUACAGGAUUUUUUGAAAGAAACUUCAAAAUUAGAUGUAGAUGUUGAAAACGAAGGAUUAUAUAACCAAUCAUUAAGCGAAAGUCCAAAAUGCACAAAGUUAAUUAAAUUAGAUACCACACUUGUUACUAAAAUUACUCAUCAGGAAUCCCAAAUCAAUAUGAGUCCAAAUGAUUCAGUUGUUAUACAUCAAAUCAUAUUUGGUAUGUCACAAAGUUUUGAUAGGAAUGCAAUGUUCAUUAAAUCACAUCCGUUACAAGAAUAUUUUGAAUAUUUGAUUUUUAGUCCUAAAUUUGAAUACGCUCCUGACAUAAUCAACCUCACACACCCAGAUAACAUGACAAAGGAAUCACAGUUCACCCUAAAUGUUAUUGCAACAAUGCAUAAAUUAGUAAGAGGUUUCCAAAUUACAGAAUCUGUUGAUACAGCCAUAUUUUCAAUUAUUUUCUUCAAAGCAAUAUUCAAUAAAUGCGUCGUAGAGAACCCAAGUUUCUUUAAUAAGUCAUUCGAACCUACAUUUAGAAAUUCUGCUCAAUUAGCAACAUUUGAGACCAUUGGAGCUCCACAAGAAUUAUUCCCUCAAGGAACAGAUAUAAGAAACUUCAUUACAACUAAUCCAAUUCUUAACAAAGCUGGAUUAAUUUUGACAUCUUUGCCAUUCUUUUGUUCUCCACUUGAUAUGCUUGGAUCAAUACAUGAGGCAUUAUCUCUUGUUAGAGAUUACGCAUCCAGUUACUCAGGAAACAAAAAAGAUGAUGUUCAUUCGUUUGAUUCCAUUUUUGGAAUUUUCAUGGCCACUUUGGUCGGUUGCGAUUUGGUCAACGUUGAAGAGACAUUUUGGUUUAUCAACACAUUCUCUCCAAUGGACGGAUUAUCCGGCCAACUCGAGUACGCAAAGGCAACUUCAGCUGCAGUUCUAAUGCAGGCUGCACACGUCGUAAGGGCAUAUAAUAAUGAAGAAAAUUGA